CGGAGCGCAGGUUCACACACCAGCGUUCUGGGCACCCGGCGCGCCUGGGGAGGAGGGUGCGGGCUCAGAUCCUCCUCGUCCCCACGCCGGAGACUCACCCAGGCCCACCCAGUCGCGCUCCAGGUACCUGAGCUCCUAAGCUGGGGAAACUGAGGCAGCACAGAACCUGCGUCACGGGCACCACGCGGCGGAUGAGCAGAGCCUCACCCCGGAGGCUCCACAGGGCUGUCCUGAGAGCUCGCUGAGCCAGGUCACGGGCACUAACUGAGCCCCCUCUGCAAGGCACAAGUCUCCGUGUAAGUGGCCUCCUGUACCGUGGAGGUCCUGCUGCAAAGUUUCCCGUGCGGGACGGGAGUUGGCCAGGGCAGUGCCCGAAAGCAGAGGCAUCGAGGACCGGUGCUUUCCUGCCUCAGGCACCCUACCUGCAGCCCCACCGUGCUGUCCCCGUCUGUCCCCCUCCGUCACCCAGGCCUGGCCACCACCCCUGCUGCUCUGGACGCUAGGCCACCACUGCCACAGGGACUGCACCUGCUCUCGCAGCAGGACCUCGCGGUUGUCUGCAGAGUGACCCCUACGGAGGCGGCAUGUUCAGGGCCCACGGGCCGCCAGGCCAGCGCCAGACCCCUCACCCCCCCGUCAGGGCCUCCGGGUCUGUGAGUCGCUUGGCCUUGUCCAGCUGCUCGUGCCCCCGGCGGGGGACAGACAGCCCUUGGACACUCAUGUGCUGAGCUGGCAGUCCAGCCAAAGAACCUCCUGACCCAGCACAGGGGGGCCCUCGGCUCGUGGGCGACCCCCCCACGUGACCAGGAGCGGCCGGGACACCUCCCGGGCCUGGAAAUGGCAAGUCCAGGAAAGCACCUUCGUGAAAAAUAAUCACGGAAGCCCAGAGGUGGUCUUGGAAGUAAAUGGCUUUUCUUUUCUACCUGAGAGCAUUUGUAGUAAAUGACUGUCACCCAGCUGAGGACACACAGGCCUCUGUAGGGGAUGCAGAGAGACAGAGGGCUCCGGAAACGAAGUCCCUAGAAACGCCCAGACACCUGCAUGCCCGGUGGCCUCUCACUCCAUCGUCCACAAGCGCUAGUCAGGCCUCCCCUGCCCUGCCAGGGGUGGCUACCGUAUUACUGCGCCCUCUGAGAGGCUGGCCCGAGGUCACCCCGCGAGCCCGCAGAGAGGCCCGGAUGGCAAAGCCGUGGCACCGAGUCCACAAAUGGAAUGCCAGCUUUGACCAAGAAACCCUGCCCUUGUGGACCUCGGCCUCGCUCUCCUCUACGGGUCCCAGAGGCGACCCCUCCACGCUGGAGCGUCGAGCACAGCCUUGUUCCCUCCGAAGGGUUCCUGCCGCACAGCCAGCCUCGUGCAGGGGUGCCCCCUCAGCCUCCGGGUCCUCCCAGGUUUUUCUGGACGAACAGGCCAUUUGUGACCUCUCGCUCCUCUGGGAUGCGCAGCCAAGCCGCCGAAGGGUUCGCGGUAAUGGUCCGAGUCGGCCGAGGGCUCACCCCGGGCGGGGGGCUUCGUGCAGCCAUCUCUCAGGCCAGUCCCGGCGCCUGCUUCCACCAGGCAGCUUCCUCCGCCCUCCCCCACCUCGGUCUCCUGUCGACUGGCCCCACAGGCCUGGAUCCGUGCUGCCCCGAAGCCGUUUGAAGAGGCCUGGGAAGGGGAGCGGCCACUGGAGAGGCCAGCCCAGUCCUUAUGGUGCGGAGGCUUUCUUCUGAGUGUGAUUAGAGAACGAAACACACAGAAAGCUCUCGGAGAGAGAGAGGGUACGUGAGUCACCUUUACAGGAAAAGCCAGAAUGAACUCAUAACCUGGUCUGUCUUGGACAGCCGCAAGCAGCCCGCCAUCAUGUGGAGCUGCGGCCCGCUCAACGGCACGGGCGGCGUGGAGGACCAGCCGCUGUGCCAGCACCUGCAUCUGGUCCUGUCCGUCUUCUCCCUGCUCUACCUGGUGGCCGGCGUCCCCGUCGGCCUGGGCUACAACGCCCUGCUCGUGCUGGUCAACCUGCACGACCAGAGCAGCAUGACCAUGCCUGACGUCUACUUCGUCAACAUGGCCGUGGCGGGCCUGGUGCUCAGCGCCCUGGCGCCCGUGCACCUGCUGGGCCCCACCGCCUCCGGGUGGGCCCUGUGGGGCUUCGGCAGCGAGGCCCACGUCACGCUGCUGGUGCUGUUCAACGUCUCCUCCCUGGUGACCAUGUACUCCACGGCCCUGCUCAGCCUCGACUGCUACAUCGAGCGGGCGCUGCCGCGCACCUACAUGUCCAGCGUCUACAACACGCGACACGUGUGCGGCUUCGUCUGGGGCGGGGCCCUGCUCACCAGCUUCUCCUCCCUGCUCUUCUACGUCUGCAGCCACGUGGCCGCCAGGAUCGUCGAGUGUUCCAAGAUGCGGGACGCGCAGGCCGCGGACGCCAUCAUGGUGUUCAUCGGCUACGUGGUCCCCGCCCUGGCCGUGCUCUACGCGCUGGCGCUCAUCUCGAGGAUCCGGAAGGAGGACACGCCGCUCGACCGGGACGCGGGGAGGCCGGACCCCUCGGUGCACAGGCUGCUGGUGGCCACCGUGUGCACGCAGUUCGGGCUCUGGACGCCCCACUACCUGGCCCUCCUGGGGCACACGCUGCUGGCCUUGCGGGGGAAGCCCGUCGACAGGCACCACCUGGGCAUCCUGCUCUUCGCCAAGGACGUGGCGAGAUUCCUGGCCUUCGCCAGCAGCUCCGUGGUGCCGCUCCUUUACCGCUACAUCAACAGAAACUUCCCCAGCAAACUCCGGCGGCUGAUAAAGAAAAUGCACUGCGGGCGCCAGAGCUGCUCCCCGGACCAAGCAGGGGUACAGCAGGUGACGGCGUAGAGCCAGCGGCUGGGGUCACGGCCGCUCGCUGAGCGCGGGUCCUGGGGCCGCCACCAGUGCCCCGGGCGGGGUCAUCGCACGGGCAGUCAACGGCGUGCCUCCCGGAGGCACGGUCCGGGCCCCCUCCUGGGAGACAGGCGACACUUGACCUGGAUGCACGGCACUUUGUCACCGCCCGCUCUGUCACGCUCUUCCCCAGGACGUCACUGAGGCCGGGACCCAGAACAGCACGAGGCGUGUUCUCUCCAAGUUUUCUGCUUCCAGACAGGCCGCUCUUAGGCCAAGGCCGCGCGGUCCAAGGCGGGAGGGGCCUGGCGUGAAAAACAGCUGCCUGCCCACCUGCUUCGGGGCGGACGCACUGCUCGGUCGUGCGGGGCCACACCCGCAAUAGCGUCCUCAGCCUGGCCGCCUCCACCCUGGGUUUCUGAACGAAGUCGGGAGAAUCCAAAUCCAGUGUUUAUAUUCUGUGCCGGCAAAAUACCCGAUUCUGUCUCUUUACUUGCGCUUAUAAAAAGAUUCGAGAGAAGUCACCGAAGCCUGAAAGCGAAGGAAGCAACACGAAGGGCACUCCCGUGGGACGGACGGGCGGGCUCCUGCUACCGCAGGGUCGUGCUGGGUGGGGUGAGGCGGGGAGAGGCGCGUGCCGCGCCACGCGCACAGGCAGCGUGCAAAUGCUUCGGAAGGACAGGGCCAGCAGUGUGGCUGGUCUUAGGCGGAGGGCCCUUAACUGGUACCCCUGCUGCCCUCCCAGGUGACCUCAGCUAACCGUCUUCAGUAGAAGCCGACUCCCCAAAGUGUGCACAAAACCCCACGCUCAUAGUGAGCCGAAGAGAGGAAAGCGUGGUGAGGAUUUCCAACCUAACACAGAAGCUGGGAGGGACCGCCUGAGGAGUCACAGGCCUGCAAGGCGGAGCCCGGUCUGGCGCCGGGGCAGAGCGUGGGGCCACCGCUGCCACCUUGCACCCGACAACAGCCUGCUUCGCCAGACGCGGCGCGUGCCUGGAUCCUUCCACGCCGCGUCCCAUCAACACCUGCUCUAAAACCGUGGCAGCAGAAGCCCCCUGCUCUCCUCGACACCAUCCGCUCACCUGCACCCCGACGUCACGACGCACCACAGGCCUGCAGCCCCCUAACUGCACCUCUGAAACCCACAAAGCUCUAAAAACAGGAAGAUUUGUUUCUCAAGUUUGCGGCACAUUCCCUUGGUAGCAAACCUUGAGCUGAAGUGGUGGGAGAGCGCUUUUCUGAGGAAAGAGGAGUGUGAAUGUGAUUACGGGGCACUGGCCCGGCCCCACAGGGCCCCGUAACACGCAGCACACACAGCAUGUUAACUGUGUGCGCGCAAACGCAGAGAACAGGUGAACGUAGGUCGUUUGCCAAAAGCAGCCGGAAGUAUGCACACGUCUUAAGAUCUCAUUCGUAUGUCACCCUACGCUUUCCUGCGGGGUUACGGUGACAGGGAGCGGCUGGGGCUGGCAGCUUGGGAACUCCAACCCGCGUUUAGGUUUGUGCAUCCAAAAAUGUGUUGCUUUUUGUCGCUGCUCAGCAAUACACUGUAUUUAUUUAUUUAUUUGUUUAUUUUUACCUUCUGACUCCCUUCACCCGUUUCUCUUCCCUGCCCCGGCAACCACCAAUCCAUGCUGCUUCCGUGGCCUUGGUUGUUUUUCUUAAAGAUCCCCUGUACCACUGAGAUCAUGUUCAACUCCUCUUUGACUUAUCUCACUUAGCACAGUGCUCUCCAGGUCCGUCCGUGUUGUCGCAAAUGGCCAGAUUUCAUUUCUGUUUAUGGCUAAUAUUCCGCGGUGCGUGUUCCCCCCCCCCGCCCCUUCUUCAUCCACUUGUCCGCCAAGGGACACUCAGCUGCUUCUGUGUCUGGUCUGUUGUGGAUAACGCGGCGGUGAACGUGGGGGUGCAGACACCAUUGUGACUGAGUGCUUUUGUUUCCUUUGGGUAGAUACCCAGAAGUGCGAUCACUGGAUAAGUAGACCUGCUUUUGACUUUCGAGGCACGUCUGUACUGUUUUCACAGUGGCUGCGGCAGUGCGCAUCCCCACCAGCGGCGCACGAGGACCCCUUUCCCGUACUCCCUCGCCAGCGCUCAGUGUCCUCUUGGUGGCGGCACCCUAGCAGGCGUGAGGAGCACCCACUGGGGUUCUGACACGCUCCUCUGACGAGUGCCGCUGAGCACCUUCUCACGUGCACGUUGGCCGUCUGCGUUCUUUGCAGAAAUGUCUGUUCUCAUCCUUUGUAAUCACGUUUUAUUUUGCUCCUGGGUUGUGGGAAUGCUUUAUGUAUUUUGGAGAUUAGUCCCUUAUCAGAGAUAUUAACAUGCUAACUUUUGGCAACCUGAAAACUUAAUUCUGACACAUCUGAUCCAAGGAUGGCAGAGUGUGGCUCUGUGUUUUGCCACAUUCCAUUCAGGGAAAUCGCUCCAUUUGGCCCUGGUCUCUCGGGAGAUUUAGCCCAUGACUUGGUUGCCACUAUGUUUCUGUCUGCAGAAUAUAUCCCCUCCGGGAUGAUGCGAUGACUGAGUUCAGAGUCUGCCUGUGCAGAAGCAUGAAAGUACACUGGACACCAGGGUCCUGGUCUUACUCGCCCCUGGUAGCUGUGAAAUUCUGGACAGGUGGGGCCUAAUCUACUUCCUGGCCAGUAAACCAGGGGCAGAAUUAGAGACGUUUCGGGGUCGCCUCUGUCCGUGAACGUGCUAUUUCUACUGAAGGGCGCAGUGCCCCUCUGCUGCAGGGUUUCCCCCAGUCCUGAAAGUCUCAGACCCGACCCCCUCCACUCCUCAAGCUGUGGGCUGCACGGCGGGGGGUCCCGUGGCCCCGGCUCCGCUGGGGAACUCUCGUGUUGGCCGAGCGAAUGGCGGGUUGCAGGGUGCCCGGCAUUGCAGCCGUGGGGCCUCUGACCUCACACACACCUGCUACCACGGAGUCUCAGUCCUCGUCCUCUCCCAGCGGGUGGGCGGGGCUGGGGCCAGGGUCAGUCCCGGGUCCACCACACGUGGCCAGGCUCUUGGGUCAGGAAGCCAGCACUGUUCUUAGGGGACACGGGACCCAGCGGGUGGGCUGGUUUGGGGUGGCAGUGCUAUUUCAAAUAAAAAGACCCUUUUCCUUGCUCAUCUGUUCUGCUCUUUGCUCUAGAGAGAGCUCCUAGGAGAAGAGGGAGAUCCCAAGGGCACAGAGCCGAGAGCCACGUGGGUCUCCGCCCACAGCCCCGGAGUCCCUCACCCCAGCUGGGCUCCCCCAAACAGAAGAGGGGCCGAAAAUCGCGGUCUUGUUUUCACUUUCUCAGUGGCUUUGGUUGCAACCUGGCUUGUUUCUGGUGGCCUCCGGGGGCCUGAGCGGGCCCCACCCGUGCCGGUGACAGAGGGCCCCCGGGGACGGGUGGCAGGCUGGGUGUCUCACGGAGACCCCUCCGCUGCUUUCGCGGCAUCCCCGGGUCUCACGGCUUGAUUGGCCUCCGUGCUCUUCUCCCCACUGGGGACGCCUCCGCCACCAGCCCCCUGUGCUUCCCACGUGGCUUUUGUCCAUCCACAGGCACCUGGGCUGGAUCCGGGGCGACUGGACGCUGCCUCCAGCGCUCCUGCCACGUGGCCCAAGACAUGGAAAGAAUUCUGAGCUGAGAGAAGAACGAGGAGUCGGUCGGGAAAGGCUCCAGUAGACUGUGAAUGUGAUCCUACGUGUUACACGUGUAUUUUUUUAACUCACCAAUCUCGACGUCUCCCAGUGGAAGUCUAUGUUCCAAGGCCAUUAAUUUUGUUAUCAGUCCCUCGUAUUAUACUUUUUAAGUUAAUCUUAAUUUUGCUAAUCACAACAA